CUCGUGCGGGUUAUAACCUGUCUUAUUGACUCCUUUGUAUUCAACUGAUGAUAGUUAUGCUUAAAGUGCCUUUGUCUAUUAUUUUGAGUGAAUUUAAAUAUUUUAUUUAUUACACAUCGAAUUGCAUUAAUGUCCUAGUGUGUGCUGCUUUAUUGAAUAUUCUGGAAUGUUUAGAGAAUUACAGGACUAGGUAAAAGUUUACAAAAAAAUAAGACAGAAUAAUAUGUAUUUAAUGUGAUAAGUUGAAAUUCUGCAUUAUAGCCCGUUAUUCGAAACUUUGAUGGUGUGCUUGGAGAAAGGAGAAUUCUCCUUCUCCUGCCAUUUUGUUGCCACUGAUUUAAGUAUUUGAGGUAUUGUAAAAAUGUCCUUAAGACAAUUGAAAUUCAAGCCAAAGUUACAGCUUAACACAGCUGCAAAAAACAAGAGUGAUGACAACAAUAGCAGACCAACUAUUAAGGCUGCUUGUAGCAACAAAAAUGAUGAAUCAUGUAAUACAAAUCCAUUAGUUGCUGAAGUCUUACCAGAAAAAGAAAUAAAUGGAGAGAAGGAAACCUGUAAAGAGGCAACUGGUUUGAAGAAGGAUAAUGUAUCUGUAUCACUCAAUGAUUCCGAAGCAGGUGAUAUCUUAUUAAGUCUUAGUAAAUCUGUUGACAAUGCCUCUGGAAGUGUUGUUGAAGAUAUCAGUACCAAGUCAAUUUCAAACAAUCACAGUAAUGCAAUACCUUUUGUCUUAAAAGCUGAUUUACUUCUUAAUGCCGCAUCACAAAGUGUUGGUUGCUCAAACAUGUCAUUUGAUAACCUUAAUGGAAUUUCAUCCAACACAACUACACCUGUUUCUCAAUUUCAAAACAAAUCAAUUAAUGGGUUGGAGAUACAAGCUGGUUCUGAUUCAGAAGAUGAUGUUGAUUCUUCUAUCUUAGACGACGAUUCCAACAGAAAAACAAAAUUGAUCAAUUACGACAUUUUGAACAAAAUAUCUUCUAAAAGCAGUCAGAAAGUAAAUUUGCAAAGUCAUGACAUCCAUAAUAUAGUUGAUAAAGAAAGUCAAGAAGUUUUGCUGAAUGAUGAAGAUAAAACUACUUUAGAUGACUCAAAAAAAAUAAUUAAUGACAACAAAAGACCGGAAAAAAACAAAAGUCUGGAAUGUGAAGUGGACGAUUCUUGCUCUGUAAAAGUUUCUAAAGUUCUUAAUAAAGAAAAUUUAGAAUUAUCCAAAAAUAAUAAGCUGGCCAUUUCUGCUAAAAGUAAUUAUGGAUCAAAAACAAACAAAAGGAAGAAAUAUGAAGGGAAAAAUACUAAUUCAAGCCCUAGUAAAGUUAGUAACCAUCAAAGAGUUAAUUUUAAACCUAAUGUGGCUGCACUAGGAAAAAUCAGAAGACCAGAAAAAUUUACUACAUCCUCAUACAGUAAAAUGGGAUCGUUAGCUAAAGAGCAAUUUCUUAAAAAAUUUGGGAAACAUCAAGAACCAGAUACUUCAAAACUUACUAUGAUGGAUUUAAUUUUCUACAAUCCUUCAACAAAUCCAAUGCCACAAUCUUCAGACAAAAAGCUUCUUAACACAUUGAACAACUCUGGAAACACAGAAAAAGUGGAGGAGAAAAUUGUUGAUAUGUCAGCCGAGAAAGAGAGUAAUGAAAAUAACAGUGAGGAAACAGAUGAAAAUGCUGAUGAAGUCUUACCUGUUCCACAGUUAAAAAUUUCUGCUGAUGGGAAAGUGAUAGUAGCUCAAGAGAGUUUGGUUAUAAAACCAUCUAAUAAUUUGGAGAAUUGUACCUUUGAAACUGUUAUUGACAGUGAAUUAAAAAAAAGGAAGCCUGUCAGAAAUCCUAAUCGUUGUGGUUGGUCGCACCUAGAUACUAUCAAAUUUUAUAAGGCUCUUAAUUCAUUAGGAUGUGAUUUUGAAACUAUGCAAUCAAUUUUUCCUGAUAGGUCAAGAAAAAAUUUGAAAAGCAAAUUUAAAAAAGAAGAAAAAUUACAUGGAUCCCUUAUUAAUAAAGUUCUGAGUCGUCAUUCUGAAUUUGAUUUAACUAAUGUUGUACGUGAACUUGAAAUCGAUACAGUGUACAAAGAUACUAUUAAAACAUAUGGAAGAGGUUUUACAGAGACUGAGAAGCGUUCGAAAGGAAGAAAAAAAUCCUUGUCAUCAGUUGUAGCUGGAAAAUCUUCUAAGAAGGAAGACUGUGAUGAAUCAGAUGAUUCUAUUUCUGAUGAAGAAUUUGGCAAAAAGAAAAAGAAAGUAGAUCUAGCUGUAUUAUCAAAGAUGUCAAAAGUUCUGGGUUUAAUUGACGAAAAUAAUAAGCCUAUGCUAGAAGUUGAUAAUAAGUUAUCCAACUCUGAAUCUAGUGAUAUAUGUAAUUCAAAUGAAACUGGAACAACUAAAAGAAAAAGAAGAAAAUUGAGAGAGUACGUGGAAGUGGAAAGUGAUUCUGACUUUGAAAGAGAUAUAGAACCAUCGGUUAAUAAAAAUGAUAAUCCAGAGAAAAACGCUGAUAAUCAGCCUUCACGAAGAACUUCUAGAAUUAUAUCAAACCGCAAGAAGACAAAGCCUCCUCCUAAAAGGAUAGUGUUACGUCUUGAAGGAUUAAAUGAUUUCAAUGACGUGUCUGUCAAGGAAUCUCAACCCGAACAUCAAACAGAAAUAAUAAAUGAUAAUCAUAUUGUAAUAAAUACUAAUAUUGAAUUUGAAAAUGUCAAAUAUACUAGAUACAUAAGCUAUAAUUCAGAGAAUCUUGAGAACCCUAUUGAAAUUAAUGAAACAGUUGCUCAUGUUGACUGAUGGAAUUUUAUUUAACAUUUAAGGUUAACUUUACUUAUUUCUUCCGUGAAGAAAUUAAUUCACUUGGUGCUUUCAUCAUCAGCUAUUUGUUAAAAAGCUGGGAUCUGGACAAUCCCUUGUGGAUUGAUCUUUAUAUAUUUUCUUCUCUCUUUAUGCUUUAUUUAGUAGUAUUGUUUAGAAAACGAUAAAGCUCUAUAAAGAGAGGCAGAAAAUGGGCUAAUGCCUGUGUAAGGUGGGCCAUAAGAAGAGCAGAAAGUCAAAUGUGUUAGUGGUGUUGCUUUAACAUGCCAAAUGUUUUAACAUUCCUUCUGCUUCAGUUUUGUAUACCAAAUAUUAUGCUGCAAAUUAAGAAAUCAAAUUACAUUUAAAGUUCUUUAUGUAUUUAAUUAUUUAUAUAUUAA